UUCAUCUUUCACUUGUUAAAACAAGAAUGCAACUGGUCUUUUUAACCAUGUCUAUAGCUCUUAUAGUCAUACUUGUUCUACCAUUUGUCAGCUCAUCUCAACAACAUGUGGAAUCCAUUAAUGGCAGCAAUACAAACGAUAAAGACAACAUUACUAAGGUGAGUCAUAAACUGAUGUUUGAGAUUAUAUUGCAUGGGAUUAUCCUUUGGGCAUCAAUGGGGUUUCUGGUGCCUGUUGGGAUACUUGCUAUUAGAAUGUCGAACAAAGAAGAAGAAUGUGGGACGAGAAAUCAAGUUCUUUUCUAUGUUCAUGCAGUGUCGCAGAUACUUUCUGUACUUCUAGUUACAGUAGGAGCAAUCAUGUCCAUCAAAAACUUCAAUAACUCCUUCAACAAUCAUCACCAAAGACUAGGGGUAGCUUUAUAUGGUAUCAUAUGGUUGCAAGCUUUAACCGGGGCUCUACGUUCAUGCAGGGGAUCCAAGGGAAGAAGUGCAUGGUUUAUUGCACAUUGGUUACUAGGAACUGCGGUGUGUAUUUUAGGUGUACUCAACAUUUACACAGGAUUGGGAGCAUUGCAUGAAAAGACAUCAGCAAGCACAAAGCUUUGGACCAUAAUUUUGACUGCUGAGAUUUGUUUGAUUGUUUUCAUUUAUCUAUUUCAAGAUAAAUGGUCGUAUUUACAGUCACAAAAGCAACCAUCGUUUGUGCGCCGUGAACCUAUAAGACCCUACCCUUUCAGAACAAGAGAAUAUGGUCGUGGAAUUAACUACUAAAAAAGGUUUUGGUUAAAAAAUACGUAAUUAUCACGGGUUAAUAUCUAAUCCAUUAUUUUCCGAUACAUGGAUCAUCGUCAUUCAUAUGUGUAAGGUUCGCUCAUGAAUGAUGUAAAUUGAAUUUAUGAAUGGUGAUUAAAUUUGUAUUGGAUAAUAAUGAAUAAAAACAAUAAUAGAAAGGAGCUUUGCCCGUUAUUACUUAGUAACAA